AUGAGCGCUGCUGCUGAUGACAUCAAAGAGCAAAAGCAUCCAGAUACAAAGGAGGCUGCUGCAAAAUUUUGGCAUAGUUUUCAACAAGAACGUGAAGCAAUACGUCAAAGCAUAUCAGAUCUUUCUACGCAAUCCCGUUCCGUAGUUUCUGGUCUAUGUGACAAAAUUCUCGAGCAGAUUAAUAAUCUAGAGAAAAAGUUGAUAGAAGCUACAAUAUAUUUGCCGACAUAUGAUCAAAGACAGUUGACCUUGCAAGUGAAAUCUUUAAAUGAAGAACUGAGUAAACAAAGAUCGAUCCUAAUACCAAAAAGUAAAUUUUCCUUUAAAUCCAGGAAGACAGCAGCCAUCUCUACCAAACCUACAUCUACUACUGGAACAGUAUCAUCACAGGCACAGCUGCCUGAAAAGUCUUCAGUUAACGAGUCUACUUUGCCGGCAAUAUCAUCAAACUUUAAGAUUAUUACGCUUCAUGAUGAACAGGGAAAAUACUUUGACAUUAAAUCCCUUGUUGCACUGGAUGCAGAUAAUAAAAUAGUGGACUUUCAACUAUCAAAUCUCACUGAUUGCAUCGUAAACCUAGUCAGUGCCGAUAUCAUCAUCGGUGCUAUUCAUAUAAAGAAUCUUAAAAACACAUUGAUUAUGUCUGGUCCUGUUGGAAGCUCAAUUUUGUCACAUGGAUGUGAAAGAUGUGUAUUUCUUGUUGGCUGUCACCAGUUUAGAAUGCAUGAUUCUAUUAAAAUGAAGAUAUAUUUGCAUGUGACAAGCCAUCCAAUAAUUGAAGACUGUAGAGAGAUACAGUUUGCACCAUACACAUUGGCAGUCGAUGGGCUAGAACAGAUGUUUGAAAAGGCCAAGUUGGAUCAGUCAAUCAAUCAGUAUGAUAAAGUUGAAGAUUUUAAAUGGUUAAAACAGCAAGCAUCACCUAAUUGGAGUUUAUUACAAGAACAGGAAUGGGAAAAGGAUUGGCCUUUAAAUAUAAAAGACAGUAGUCAAGAAUCAAUUAAAUGCAUUUUAGAUAACAUUGUAAAAUUAGAAGAUUGA